CACAGACUCCAUCGGUGCCGGGGACCGAGAACGGCCCCCGGGCUUCAGACACCCCGGCAACAACGGGCACCCCCGGGCAUGAUUAAGCCGGCGCGCCUCUGACUUGGCAAGCUACAGAUCCCCGCGACACGAUAUCUCAGGGGUCACGGGCGCGUCCGCAAGGGACACUCCGGACCUCCAGUCGACUCGCAGCCGCGGGGCAGAGCACCUAAGACCAGAGAACACACCAGCCGCGCGGGAGAAAUACCAACGGGCCGGGGUGGGCGGGCACCCCCGUUCCUGAAGCGAGGCCCCGAAGGACCUGUGCGCCACCAGUCACGGAGAGGUGACCUGCCUGGCAGGGAAGAAGUGUGGGUGGGCUUCCAGCAGCUGAGAUCAGCUGCCUUUCACCUUCCACAUAGUACCACCGGCCCUCCCUGGCCCGCAGACCGGCGCGCAAACGUUUUGUGGUCCGAAAGUGAACCGGGGGGGACCCAUAUAGUAUGUGGUGGUCCGUGCGUCAGCCGCUUUUCCCAUACAAAGUGGGCCACCCACACAUGCCCUCUACCCGGGCUGCAAGGGGACUUAGGCAUUUCUGUCCACGCUCGCUGCCCGUUACGCGGCCAUACGCUCCGACGUUACGCCCGUUGUGCUCACUCUCGCAAACCGCUGUCGGCCGCCCACGCCGCCAACACCCACUCCUGUGCCCUUCCACUCCUCCGCCCACCGGCCAGUCACCGCCCGGCUGUGCGCCCCCCUCCCCACGCCGGUUGACGGUCCGAGGCGUCGCUACAUGGCGAUGUGGAGA